AUGCUAAACCACGACAUCCUUUUCCUUGUUUUCCUCGAGCUGCCGAUUGGAGACAUUGGGCGCAUCCGCCAGGUUUGCCGCAUCUUCAACUCUGUAACGCGCACGCGCUCUUUGUGGAUAACCCUCCUCAAUCGGCUCCUGGAUUCAGGCGCUGUUAUCCCCCAGUACCUUGGCAAACUCGAAACUCUCCCAGUAUCAACUGUGGAACAUCUUGUCCGCCGUUUAACCCAUGACGCCGAAACUAAUCCAGAAGACACAUAUCCCGCCACCCUUUUGCAACUCCGUCUAACGCUCUCCGUGACAUGGCUUCGGCUUGUUGCAGGCAACUGGCUGUUUGUCGCAGCGUCAAACGAAUUCGAGAGCAACCUAUACUGUUAUGACCUCUCAGUGGGUGGCAAAACAUCUGCGUGCCUACCUGGACGAGUCAAAACUGGAAAAGCUGAGAUACAGAAUGGAGAAAUCGUCUUAGCUCUGGGUCUCGGGCCUGAAGUUCAAAUGGUGCUUGUCGUGACUCUCCGGAAACAUGAGGGAAGCGAUGUUCUUUGCGAGCUUGCUCGGCUUGAGAGCUCCUCGCAUGUCCUGAUGCUUUCUGGCGACAUCAUUGGUUGCGCUGUGCGAGAUGGGGUCAACACACCUCAUCUCUAUUGUUGGAGAGAGGACAAAAUCAUCGACGUUCCUCCCCCUCCUGGUGGUCUCGACGUUCCAGCUCGAAGAAGCGUGCCCCACUCAAUUCUAACGUGGAAAGACAACUUGGUCAUCGUUCGUUCUCAUUGUCUCGAGUUGUACGAUAUGCAUCUCGAAUCAGUAUCGUUCUCCAAGAUUGUCGAGACGUCACCUAUUUUCGAGGUCCAAGUGUAUUCCUCAAGCCCAGAGUCUCUCAAACUAUUCGUGGUUUCGGGAAAGGGAAUUGACAUGCUCUCUCUUAUUUGUCAUCCUGAUGAAACCAUCCAUGUCGAACGAUAUACGCUUAUUCACCCACCAACACCCCCACCCCAACCGGAAAACGAGUUUGGAUAUGAAUUUGAGCCCAUAAGUCACCCCCUACUCUAUGGACUCUGUGUCGGGGCGUCAUCUCAGCGAAUACUUUGGAUCUCGGCAGCCGACGCAUCCGUUAGAAGCUAUCGUUACCCCCUUCACAUAUCAUCAAGGCUUAUAACACAUCCACCCGGGGAUGACACAGAACAAUUAUUGUUCGUUGAUUUUGAGGACCCAGACGCUCCCGCUUUGUAUGGCGUCCCUGCCAUCGAUUUCGACGAUGUGCUGGGGCUCGUGGCUAUUGGGAACUGUUUUGGCGAAUUGUCUGUGUUGGAUUUUUCAACAACCAAAAAUGCAGUUCAGCAUCCUCGCUUGACAGCCGAUUUCGCUGUCCAACCCAGUGUCCCAAAACUUCUUCCUUCAGCCUCCGUUUACUCGAACCCCGGAACUGAAACAACAGGCUGCCGGCCCAAUUGGGGUAACGAUGGUCUCACUUUCGAUGCUGCUUGGAAAGCACCGAGCGCUUGCUCGUGGUUCGGCGCACAUCAUGCAUGGGACGGUACUCCCUCUUGCCUCGCUUGGGUGAUAGAAUAUGCUUAUGGCUUUCCCGGCGAGGCCCUUCCUCAAGGAUAUAAAGACGACGAUGACGGCGACAGUGGUCAUCAUACUGUCAUUUUCCGAAUUGGGCAGCGAUACUUUUAUUUCCGCAACUACGAAGACCCGAUACUCUUCUCUUGGCCGCUUGGUAGAAGAACCAACCUAGACUUGUCGUCGCCCAAUAAAGACGACACUAUUGACGCGCAAUUUCCAACGAGUGAAACGGCCCAGGUAUCACGUGAUAUGUACGAAUGGUUUCUCUUGCGUGAAAAACAUGGCGAUGGGUUUGCUCGACGUAACCGCUGGCAGGAACUUGAGGCUCGGGGUGGUCGGCCGCUGCGUAGAUAUUUGGAUGAGUAA